UUAGGCGUGUGGUCUCCCUCGCUGAUUGAUGUGGUGUUGUUUGCGAUCGCAGCGGUGGUGGUCUGGAAAUUGGAGAGGAGGAGGAGGAGGAGGGGUUGGGCGACGGGGCGGUUGCCGCCGGGGAGCGAGGGGCUGCCGGUCGUAGGGGAGACGCUGCAGCUGAUCGCGGCGUACAAAUCGGAGAACCCGGAGCCGUUCAUGGACGAGCGGGUACGGCGGCAUGGGCGGCUGUUCACCACGCACGUUUUCGGGGAGCGCACCGUGUUCUCGGCGGACCCGGAGUUCAACCGGAUGGUGCUGGGGGCGGAGGACCGCACCGUGGAGGGCAGCUAUCCGUCGUCCCUCUCCACGCUGCUGGGCACCCACUCCCUCGUCGUGAUGAAAGGCGCCCGCCACAAGCGCAUGCACUCCCUCACCCUCGCCCGCCUCACCUCCCCCGCCGCUAUCCGUGAGGCCAAACUCCUUCUCCAUAUCGACCGCCUCGUCCGCCGCACCCUCGACUCCUGGCCCUCCUCCUCCCCGGUCCUCCUCCUCGACGAGGCCAAGAAGAUCACCUUCGAGCUUACCGUGAAGCAGCUGGUCAGCUACGACCAGCACAAGUGGAUCGAGUCCCUCCGCCACGAGUACCUCCUCCUCAUCAAUGGCUUCUUCUCCAUCCCCUUCCCUUCCUUCCUCUCCUUCACCACCUACGGUCGUGCCCUGAAGGCUAGGAAGAAGGUGGAGGAGGCGCUGAAGGAGGUGAUAAGAAAGAGAAAGCUGGAGAAGAAGCCGACAGGAAUCGACGUCGACGUCAAGGAAAGCCAGAAUAACACGAAGAAAAAAGACAUGCUGGAGGAGCUGUUGGAGGGAGAAGCGGAAGGGAUGACGGACGAGGCGAUAGUGGACUUCCUGCUGUCGUUGUUGGUGGCGGGAUACGAGACCACGUCCACCAUCAUGACCCUGGCCGUCAAGUUCCUCACCGACCACCCCCGAGCCCUCGCGCAGCUCAGGGAAGAGCAGGAAGGGAUAAGGAAGCAGAAGAAAGACGAGGAGGCGGCCUUGGACUGGGAUGAAUACAAGUCCAUGCCCUUCACACAGUGCGUGAUCAACGAGACCCUUCGAGUGGUCAACAUCAUUGGCGGAGUGUUCCGGCGAGCCAAGACAGACCUCCAUUUCAAAGGGUACACGAUUCCCGAGGGGUGCAAGGUCUUCCUCUCCUUCCGUGCUGUCCACCUCGACACCGAAUACUUCGAUGACGCCCGGACCUUCAACCCCUGGAGAUGGCAGAAGAAUGCAGCGGCGCAGCAGGUCGGGGGGGCCACUGUCUACACCCCCUUCGGCGGGGGCUCGCGGCUGUGCCCCGGCUAUGAGCUCGCUCGGGUGGUCAUAUCCGUCUUCCUCCAUUACCUCGUCACUCGAUUCAAUUGGGAGGAGGCGGAGAAAGAUAGGCUGGUGUUCUUCCCCACCACAAGGACUCUCAAGAGCUAUCCCAUCAACGUCUGGCGGCGCGAGGAGGAAGAAGGAGCAUGAGUCGCACGGCAGUGAGCUGCCAUUCCCCCGCUUUCCGUAUCAGCAUUGCUCAGGCUACCAUGUAAUAGGUGGGACCGUGAAGCUCCUUCUUACUCAAAUAGUUCCUCCCCACAAGGCUACCCGUUAUAA